UUCCGACGAAGUGAAAAGGGCUAUAGUUAUCCGUGGCCGAGUUCACCAAACAUCGAUGGGAAAGCUAAUCAGCCUGGGCCUAGUACUGAUGUCGGUUUCACUAUUCGCAACAGGACAAGCUACACCGUUGAAGAACCGUUGCUAUCAGUACGGAACAACUUCUACAACCAAUACGCAACAGAAUGGACAGGAAAUAUCGGACGAUUACGACGAGAGCUACGAUGAUCAGCCGGAAGCAUCGGAUGAACCAGUGUUCGAUAAGGACGUUUCGACGGAGGUGGCCUGCUCGCGCAACGCGCCGUACUGCUACUCACUGUGGACAUUCGAUGAGACGAAGAACGUAACUCGCGUGGUCGCCCAAGGAUGUUGGGGAUCGUCGGACAACCACGAAUCGUGCAGCGACACCGAAUGCAUUAGUACGAUGGAAACACAGAACAAACUGUUCUUCUGUUGCUGCAGUGGAGACAUCUGUAAUGGAAACUUUAGCUACGCGCCACCACCAACAACACUGGGCGGCCUACGGGAGGUCGAUCCGGGUGGCAUCAGCCCGUACGCACCGGAAUCUUCCAUUUGGAUGGCACCGACAGUGUACAUUUGCUUCGCCCUCGUCGCCAUCUUCCUGCUGGGCAGCGUGGGUAUCUUCCGGUGCCGUCAGCGACCGAAGAAGGGUAUUGCCGAGCUCGAGCAAAUGGCCCCGUCGGGCCCGGGUUACAGCGCGAAUCUCUACAACGUCGACAAUCUCAAGCUGGUGUCGAUGAUCGGUCAGGGCAAAUACGGCACCGUCUGGAAGGGGAUCGUAAAUGAGCAGCCGGUUGCGGUUAAGAUUUUUGCCGGCCAACACCGGCAAUACUUUCUCAACGAGCGUGACAUCUACACGGUGGCCCUGAUGGAAUCUCCCUCGCUACUCACGUACUUUGGUUCCGACGAGCGACGCACGAUGGAUGAUCGCGUGGAGUUUCUGUUGGUUCUUUCACUGGCACCCCUUGGCUGCCUACAGGACUGGCUAGUUGACAAUCGGGUGCCGUUCGGUACGUUCUGCCGUAUGGGCAAAUCGAUCGCAAACGGGUUGGCUCACCUCCACACGGAAAUUCGAAAAGGCCACCUGACGAAGCCGUGCAUUUGCCACCGUGAUCUCAACACACGCAACAUUCUCGUCAAGGCGGACCUCACGUGUUGCAUCGGCGAUCUAGGGUUCGCGCUGAAAACGUACGGCGCGCGGUACGAGUACCGCGGUGAAAUAACAUUGGCCGAAACGAAGAGCAUCAAUGAGGUCGGUACGGUACGCUAUAUGGCGCCGGAAGUGCUCGAAGGUGCCGUCAAUCUGCGCGACUGUGAAUCGGCGCUGAAACAAAUAGACGUGUACACACUGGCUCUGGUACUGUGGGAAUUGGCGGCACGCUGCGAAGAUUUCUAUCUCCCCGGGACGCCCGUUCCAGAGUACCGGGCGCCGUACGAAGAAUACGUUGGGGCUCACCCGACGUUCGAGCAAAUGCAGGUGCUGGUGUCACGCAACAAAGCACGCCCAUCGUUUGCGCCACACUUCGAGACCAGCAUUGCUGCACGAAUUGUGCGCGACACGUGCGAAGAUUGCUGGGACCACGAUGCCGAGGCCCGUCUGACGGCGAUGUGCGUUCAGGAGCGUCUGCAAGAGGUAGCCCAGCUUAACCCGAAAGCACAAGUAUUGGUGAAGGAGCACUACGACGAUGAUGCUAUCAUUCCACCGCCGGGCACAGGGGUGAAGAAUGUCCUCUACCAUCAGCAUCUACAAGAAAACACCGGCGGAACGGGAGGAAUGGGUCAACAGCUGCAACGGUACAGUCCCGAUGGAACAACCACCUUCCUAACGCCACCGAAUCAACAAAUCCUGCCGCCAUUGGUGGCGGUUGGUGGCUAUCGGGAUGAUACGACCGGUUCGUACGGUAAGCUCAUCAACGGCAAUAGUAGCCACAGCACCAGUAGCACCAGCAGCACCAGCAGCCGUAGGUCUGCCGGUAAUCCAAACUCGGAUGAAGAUGACGAUCAGAAGGAGCACAAACAUAAAAAAGACUUGCACAUUACAUCUGACCCGACGAAGCGCAAUCUCGGGUUAAACACCGUGAAGGUGAUGCUGCAGAAAACAUUCCACAAACCCGCCCUACACCAGCAGCUAGCGUACGAGACGCAUGGGCGCGACGAUUCUAGCGACGAUCGUUCAAACUUGGUGGUAGUAGUCGAAGCCACCGAGGGCUCCAUUUCCGUACAACAGCAGUUCGACUCACGGGUUAUGCCGGCGGAGGACGAGUUCGGAAGCUUAAAGCGACGCCCAAACAACCUCGAUCUCGGUGGCAGCGGUCGGUACGAAAGCAACCUUUUGGUGCACGAUGCCACAACCGUUGACGGACAGUACGCUAAGUUACUCUCGGGGGCCGAGUUUGCCGAUCAUUCACUGUUGACGACGAUGCUUGUUGCGGGUGAUGGAGGAGAGGCCGGUGUUGCGCUGGGUGACAGUCUCACGGAGCAGAAGCUGCGGCUUGUUGUGAGCAAAUCGGCGAAUGCGAUGCACAACACCGCAACAACGGACCGGCACGGAGCACGACUGUUGGCAGCCAACGUCGCCGCUGCCGAGUCAAGCGAAGAUUCGCGUGCAUUAAAGCGCCAACGCUCACUUGAAGUGUUUCACGAGGUGUUCGCACCGAAAGGAAGCAUCGAGCGGCUGCGUAAUCCAAGUCAACGCGUUAAAACACCCGGCGAUGUGCCACCGUCGGUGCGGAAAAUCCGUGCAUCUAAAACACUGUCGUUGUAUGACGACCGUAUGAUGACAGUGGGACCGGGAAGCCGGCUCUCGAAUUCCGUAUAGCACGAGGAGGUGCUACUACUCGAGCUGUAAGCCGUAGCUGUAGUAUCACCCCCGGUUAGGGAGUGAGGACACAGUGUCCGCACGAAAAAAAAAACUAUAAUUCUCAGAGAGAAAUCUUAUUUGCUAUUUAUUCCACGAUCGUGAGGUGUGAUGGAUAACCAAAACAAGGAAAACGAAAGCAUCACACGAGAAAUCGACAAAACGAUUGCUAAAAACUAGUCUGAAUGGGGCAACCCUACUCUACGCACGGCAAGAGAUAAGCUUGAAAUGCAACGAACGUGGAUGCAAAGGUACAAGGAAUGGUACGCAAAAAUUUAGAUGCCGAUAAAAACAGGAUAUAUAGGAUGCAAAGCGAUCCUAUCUUAGGCAAGUGUUUACUAAGUGUCUCUAUUUAGGCGUGAGGAGGGUGUUUAGGAAUUAUCCUCCCACUUUUCUCAAUUGUAACUACUGCAACACAGCGCCAUGUGUGCCGCCUUAGCACAACUGUAAUGCAAAACCGUUCGGUAACACACGAUCGAAGACUCUCCUUCCCUUACGGACGGACGGGGUCAGUAUUGCGAGCGACCACUGCUGGUGUCCGCCAGCUGGGGGUGGCGAAGAAGAUUCUGGCUUUUUCUUUAAAAACCAAACCAAAAGUAAUGACGAAAUUAACCAAAACAAACCAUUGGCAGAUCUAUAGAUAUAAGCUGGUAAAGUUUAGCGAAAAGUAUUAUUAGACUUGCAUAAUAUAGUA